AUGUCGACUCCAAGGUCCCUCCCUCCCUCGGGCUCCUCGAGUCAAGUCAAGUCAGAUCAAGCAACAGGCAACAGGCAGGUAUAUAGUAGUGAAGCAGGUAGACAGCGAGGCAAGCGGGGAACGGACGCAAGGGUAAAAAUAAAGAAAGAGAAAACAACCAUCUAUCUAUCCCAUUUGGAAAGGAAUUUGCGGAGAACAGUAGAAAAACAAACAAAACACACACACAAAAAACUAUUACAUGCCUGCCUGACUACUCUGAAGUGUAAUAAUAAUAAUAAUAAUAAUAAUAAUAAUAAUAAUAAUAAUAAUAAUAAUAAUAAUAAUAAUAAUAAUAAUAAUAAUAAUAAUAAUAAUAAUAAUAAUAAUAAUAAUAAUAAUAAUAAUAAUAAUAAUAAUAAUAAUAAUAAUAAUAAUAAUAAUAAUAAUAAUAAUAAUAAUAAUAAUAAUAAUAAUAAUAAUAAUAAUAAUAAUAAUAAUAAUAAUAAUAAUAAUAAUAAUAAUAAUAAUAAUAAUAAUGCACAUUAUAUUUGCAUAUGCCUAUAUAAUAGAGGAGCAGAGGGAAAUACAUAG